GGACGAUCCGCUAUUAUCCUCAACCUAUGACGUAAUGAGGGGGGAGGGGAGUUAAUAAGAUUAAUUUCGAAUAUUAAAGAAAUAAAAUGAAUUAUAUAUUAAAAAGAAGAUUUUGUACAUAAAAGAAUGGGAGAAAUAAUAAAAAAACGAAAAUUUAAAAGUUAAAUGCAAUAAAAUGAAACGACGAUGUUAGGCUUAGGUAUACCACGUUUUAACAAACGCUAGGCUUAAGUCAAUAUGGCGAAGGUGUAGUCGGACGUCGUACGAUGGCAACUUUGCUGAGGAAAAUGAUUUACUUAAUUCUAUAAUGGGUGACCAAUCCAUGAUUGUUAGUGAUCAAUCUGAACAUCCAAGUUUCAUUGCCAUGAAGCCACAAAAUAUGGAUGAAGUAUUGUUAGAAAGUAAUCAUAUUGGACAAAUUUUUCUACAGGAUAAUAUUGCAAAUGAAAUUAUUGUUGAACAAAAUGUGGAAGUUGGAUCAGAUGACGAUAAUCAACAUGGUGAUAUUAUUUUGGUUCCAAAUAGCAUUAUUAAACAAGAGGAUAUUAUAGAAGGUGGUGAGGUAGUUGUUGGAUCAACUGUAGGUAAUGAAGUGGUUAUUGGUGAUCAUAUCAGUUCUCAUCUUACAAAUGAUAGAUUUAUGAUGGGAUCUAGUAUGGAAAUGGAUCCAGAUCAGAUUGACGAUACAGGAUUUGAUGAUUCUAGAUUGGUGAUUGAUACUCAUUUUAAAAUGGAAGAACCAACUACUGUUGGCUUUGACUGUAAUGAAUGUGGAGCAAUUCUGAAAAGUAAAGCAGCUCUCAAGAAACAUGUAAAAAGUCAUGGGAAACAAAGAUCUGGAAAAUCAAAGAAGAUUGGAUCUGAAAAGCAACAUGAUAAUAUUUUGAUAUCCAACAAACCAUAUUGUUGCCCAUCUUGUACUUACUCUUCACAAAGAAGAGAUAAAUUAGAUAAGCACAUGCAAAAGCAUGUUCUCUUGGAAGGCUAUCAUCCCUGUGGUAAAAAGCGACACAAACCUGAAGCACCUCUUCGUCGUCACCGACAUAAUGCUGAAGAAUACCGAUGCCCAUAUUGCCCUUACUCGUGUACAGUUUACAAAGCAUUGAAAAAACAUCAAAAAUUACAUAACGCAACUAGUAAUAAGCAAUUCACAAUUAAGGUAAGCUGCAAAAUCUGUGGAAAGGAUCGUGCAACUGAAGCCGAUUUACAAAAACACAUGAAAAAACACCGCAAUGACAAAUUCUUUUUAUGCGAUAUAUGUGGAUUUGCUAGUAUACAAUUAAAAAAGAUUAUACAACAUCGUAGAAUGCACACAGGUGAAAAACCACACUUAUGUCCUCACUGUCCCUAUAGAUCAGCCCGCAGAGAUAAUCUACGAUCACACGUUAGGCGCAUGCACAAAAAAGAAAAUGUAUAUAUUGAUACCUUCAAUCCAGGUGACGAGAAAAGCGAGUGAUGUUGAUUAUUGUCAAAAAAAAUUUAGUAGUUAUCUUUUUAUAGCUAAACAUAGAAAUGCUAUAACAGACAAUUCUUAUUUACCAGAGAUUACAGGAUUUAUUAUUAGUAUCAAUUGAGACUUAAAAUACCAAAUUUGUCAUUAUAAUAUUUUGCUGAUCUUACAAAAAAUGAAAGGGAAAUUAUUACUGUGAUGUGACAUUUUAAUAAAUUGUACAUAAAGAAUGUAAGCAUGGGUGCAUUAAGCAAAUUGGUAAUUUCCCAACAUUAUGGUUAUUAUUAUUACAUACUUAAACAACUUAUGUCGUUUGUUCAACAAUGAUUCAUUAAAUAUAAGUAACCACAAAUUGAAAUUAAUACUACUUUCCUGCUAUUAUUGUAUGAAUCAUUAAUGGUUGUGGAAAAUUAAGAAGAAAAAGUCUUAAGAAUUCUGUACUCUUUUAAGGUAUUUAAGAAGUAAAAAAGAAAGAUCUUGCUCACCUAGUCAGAUGUUUUCUAUUAAGGUAGAAGUUUGUUUGAAAUACAUCUGAUUCUUAAACUUCCAAAUGUGUAAAAUGGCACAUUGGUGUUUCAAUUGUAAUUGAAUAGUAGUGUGUUGGUCUUAUGAAUAAAUUGAUGUUUUAUGUAAAAUUAA